AUUUGUUCGUGACAAUAGGGCUGCGCGUCGUUCACGUUUCAUCGUAUAUUUAGGGAGUCUGUGAGUGUUUGUCAGAUUGUGUGCGCGUGUGUGUGAGUCAAUCACACAACCACACCAACAACCCCCAGACGGUGUAUCUACAAUAGCAACAAAACUAAGAACAAUAAUACCGAAGCGACGAACACAAAUAGCAAUCAAGCGAAACCGGUUCCGGUGCUACGCGUUCGUUUGUUGAAUUGUGUGCGUGUGCGCGACACAAAUAUACGUACACACAAAUAUAAAUUGUGGUGUUCAAUUUGCUAUAAAAGCAACAUAAAUGUGCCAGUGUUGAAAAUCGAAGAAAAAUACCGACAAACAAGUGUUAAAUUAGUGUUCACACACUAAAGUCUGUGCGCAAUAUUGAAACAUAUUGUGGAUUAACAUUUGGAUAGAAAAUAUUACAACAAAACAACAACAACAACUAAGCGUACAAACAGCAACGCCAACGUACAGCUACAAAAGCAUCAGCGAAAGCCGUAAAAUGUUGCCGCCACCGCGUUUAAACGCCAUGAAAUGGUUAACCCUGCUCGCAGCCAUCGCUGCCUUCUGUACCACGCUCGCUUAUGCGGCGACCCAACCCGAUGCCGACCAGAAAGGACCAGUUUUCCUCAACGAACCCACCAAUCGUAUUGAUUUCUCCAACUCAACCGGCGCCGAAAUUGAAUGCAAAGCUAGCGGUAAUCCUAUGCCUGAGAUUAUUUGGAUUCGUAGCGAUGGUACUGCUGUUGGUGAUGUACCCGGAUUGCGUCAGAUUUCAUCCGAUGGCAAAUUGGUCUUCCCACCUUUCCGCGCUGAAGAUUACCGACAGGAAGUGCACGCUCAGGUCUACGCUUGCUUGGCACGUAAUCAAUUUGGCACAAUUAUAUCACGCGAUGUUCAUGUACGAGCGGUCGUUCCGCAAUCCUAUACGGUAAAUGUCAUGGAUGAGGCUGUAUUGCGUGGCAACAGCGCCAUACUCAAAUGUCAUAUACCCAGUUUUGUGGCGGAUUUCAUAUCAGUCGCUUCGUGGGUGGAAGAUGAAGAACGUGAAAUUUUCACCACUAACGAUGGCGUCGGGCACUUUGAUAGCGAUGGUAAAUAUUUGGUUUUGCCCUCUGGUGAACUGCAUAUACGCGAAGUGGGACCCGAAGAUGGUUACAAAAGCUAUCAGUGUCGCACCAAGCACCGUCUAACGGGCGAAACACGAUUGAGCGCAACGAAGGGACGCUUGGUGAUCACAGAACCAGUUGGUAGCGUCAAGCCCAAAAUUAACGUGCAGGACAAAUUACAGACACGCGAAAUCGCGAGUGGCGUUGGUUUUGCUUUACUUUGUCCGGCGCAGUCAUAUCCAACGCCAGCGCAUAGAUGGUAUAAGUUCAUUGAAGGCACCACCCGCAAACAAGCCGUUAUACUAAAUGAGCGCGUGAAACAAGUUUCUGGCACUUUGAUUAUUAAGGAUGCUGUGGUCGAAGAUUCUGGCAAAUAUUUGUGUGUCGUCAAUAAUUCAGUUGGCGGUGAGAGCGUAGAAACUGUGCUCACUGUGACCGCACCACUUUCAGCGAAAAUCGAUCCACCCACACAAACCAUUGAUUUCGGCCGCCCAGCUGUAUUCACCUGCCAAUAUAGUGGUAACCCAAUUAAGACUAUCAGCUGGUUGAAGGAUGGCAAGUCGAUUGGUCAUAGUGAUCAGGUAUUACGCAUCGAAUCGGUGAAGAAGGAAGAUAAGGGCAUGUAUCAGUGUUUCGUGCGCAACGAUCAAGAAUCUGCGGAAGCGAGUGCUGAAUUGAAAUUAGGGGGCCGUUUCGAUCCACCAGUUAUACGACAGGCAUUCCAAGAAGAGACAAUGGAACCUGGACCAAGCGUUUUCCUCAAGUGUGUAGCUGGCGGCAAUCCAACACCUGAAAUCUCAUGGGAACUCGAUGGCAAGAAAAUCGCAAAUAUUGAUCGUUACCAAGUGGGCCAAUAUGUGACAGUAAAUGGUGAUGUUGUCUCCUAUUUGAAUAUCACAUCUGUGCAUGCGAACGACGGCGGUCUCUACAAGUGUAUAGCGAAGAGCAAAGUUGGCGUAGCCGAACACUCAGCAAAAUUAAAUGUCUACGGUUUACCCUACAUUCGUCAGAUGGAAAAGAAAGCUAUUGUAGCGGGCGAGACUUUAAUUGUAACCUGUCCCGUAGCAGGCUAUCCAAUUGAUUCGAUCGUUUGGGAACGUGACAAUCGUGCUUUACCCAUCAACCGCAAACAGAAAGUCUUCCCCAAUGGCACUUUGAUAAUUGAGAAUGUGGAACGUAACUCCGAUCAAGCGACUUACACUUGUGUAGCUAAAAAUGCCGAAGGUUAUUCAGCGCGCGGCUCAUUAGAAGUACAAGUUAUGGUACUUCCACAAAUCACACCCUUCAGUUACGACGACAUAAUCAACACAGGCGACUCCAUCGAUUUGCUUUGUCAAAUACAGAAAGGAGAUCGUCCAAUCAAAAUCAACUGGAGUUUUGAACGCGCCGCUGGUGACGCGCGAUACGACACACUCCAACCGAUAAUGCGUACAAAUCGCUUUAGUAGCAAAUCGAGUGUGUUAUCGAUACCGCGUGCCACACCAGCACACACUGGCACCUACACUUGUACGGCCAGUAAUGAGGCUGGCUCAACGACAUACAGCACAAAUAUUACCGUGAAUGUACCACCAAGAUGGAUACUCGAACCCACCGACAAGGCUUUCGCACAAGGCUCCGACGCUAAAGUUGAAUGCAAAGCUGACGGCUUCCCUAAACCACAAGUGACAUGGAAGAAAGCUGUUGGUGAUACACCCGGUGAAUAUAAGGACUUGAAGAAGAACGACAAUAUACGCGUAGAAGAAGGCACACUACAUAUUGACAACAUCCAGAAGACAAAUGAAGGUUAUUAUCUCUGCGAGGCUAUUAAUGGUAUUGGCUCUGGGCUUUCGGCCGUCAUUAUGAUUAGCGUACAGGCACCACCAGAAUUUACCGAGAAAUUGCGCAAUCAAACAGCACGUCGUGGCGAACCAGCGGUCUUGCAAUGCGAAGCUAAAGGCGAAAAACCCAUUGGCAUCUUGUGGAACAUGAAUAAUGUGCGUUUGGACCCCAAGAAUGAUAACCGUUAUACAAUUCGUGAGGAAAUACUCUCCACCGGUGUGAUGUCUAGCUUGUCAAUUAAACGUACCGAACGCUCAGAUUCUGCGCUCUUCACUUGCUUGGCCACCAAUGCAUUUGGCUCAGAUGAUGCUAGCAUUAAUAUGAUUAUACAGGAAGUACCCGAGAUGCCUUACGCUUUGAAGGUUUUAGACAAAUCUGGCCGCUCCGUACAAUUGAGCUGGGCGCAACCCUACGAUGGCAAUUCACCACUUAUUCGUUAUAUUAUCGAAUUCAAACGCUCACGCGCAUCUUGGGACGAAGUAGAUCGUGUUAUGGUACCCGGACAUACAACUGAAGCGCAAGUACAGAAACUAAGUCCCGCUACAACCUACAAUAUACGCAUCGUGGCCGAAAAUGCUAUUGGUACAUCGCAAUCAUCGGAAGCUGUGACAAUCAUUACCGCCGAGGAGGCACCAUCUGGCAAGCCACAAAAUAUUAAAGUUGAACCAGUGAAUCAGACCACACUGCGCGUUACCUGGAAACCACCAGCACGAUCUGAAUGGAAUGGUGAAAUUUUGGGUUAUUAUGUUGGCUAUAAACUAUCGAACACCAAUUCUUCAUACGUUUUCGAGACUGUUAACUUUUUGACUGAAGAAGGCAAAGAACAUAGCUUGGAAUUGAACAACUUGCGUGUUUAUACCCAGUACUCUGUCGUGAUACAAGCUUUCAAUAAGAUCGGCGCUGGUCCCUUGAGCGAUGAGGAGAAACAAUUUACCGCUGAGGGCACACCAAGUCAACCACCAAGCGACACUGCCUGCACCACAUUGACCUCGCAAACAAUACGCGUCAGCUGGGUGAGCCCACCACUCGAAUCGGCCAAUGGUGUGAUCAAGACCUACAAGGUGGUGUAUGCGCCUAGCGAUGAGUGGUAUGAUGAUACCAAACGUCACUACAAAAAGACUGCUUCCUCCGACACCGUUUUACAUGGCCUCAAGAAAUUCACCAACUACACGAUGCAAGUGCUCGCCACCACCGCUGGCGGCGAUGGCGUACGCAGCGCACCCAUCCACUGUCAAACUGAACCUGAUGUUCCCGAAGCACCCACCGAUGUAAAGGCUUUGGUUAAAGGCCACGCUGCCAUACUCGUCUCAUGGCGUCCACCAGCACAACCCAAUGGCAUCAUUCAACAAUACACUGUCUACUCGAAAGUCGAAGGCGCCGAGGGUGAACCCAAGAGCCAGAAAAUACCACAACAUCAAAUGAGUUUUGAAGCAGUCGAUUUGGAAAAGAAUAAGCCAUACGAAUUCUGGGUCACCGCUAGUACCAACAUUGGCGAAGGACAACAAUCUAAGAGCAUUGUAGCGAUGCCCAGCGACCAAGUGCCCGCUAAGAUCGCCUCAUUCGAUGAUACUUUUACUGCAACAUUCAAGGAAGACGCCAAAAUGCCAUGCUUAGCUGUUGGUUCACCACAACCCGAGAUCACAUGGAAGGUUAAGGGUGUUGAAUUUACCAGCAACGAUCGUAUGCGCGUCAUGGCUGAUGGCACAUUGUUAAUUAAAACGGUCAAUCGUCAAGAUGCCGGUGAAUAUUCGUGUCAUGCUGAGAACUCGAUUGCCAAGGAUUCCAUUACACAUAAACUCAUUGUGCUCGCGCCACCACAAUCACCACAGGUAUCACUUUCGGCCACCACAACCGAUUCCUUGACUGUUAAAGUGAAGCCACAUGAGGGAGACACCGCGCCACUACAUGGUUACACACUGCACUACAAGCCAGAAUUCGGCGAAUGGGAAACUGCUGAGGUCUCUGUGGACGCACAAAAAUUCACUAUCGAAAAUCUGCUUUGCGGCUCACGCUAUCAAGUCUAUGCUACCGGUUUCAAUAACAUCGGCGCUGGUGAAGCUUCGGACAUUCUGAACACGCGCACCAAAGGCUAUAAACCCAAACUGCCAGAGAAACAACGUUUCAUUGAGGUUUCAUCAAACUCGGUUUCACUGCACUUCAAGGCCUGGAAAGAUGGCGGCUGCCCCAUGUCUCACUUUGUUGUAGAAAACAAAAAGCGCGAACAUGCUGAAUGGAAUCAAAUUUCGAAUAAUGUCAAACCCGAUAAUAACUACGUUGUCUUGGAUCUAGAGCCCGCUACCUGGUACAAUCUCCGUAUUACCGCACAUAAUUCUGCCGGUUUCACGGUUGCCGAAUAUGAUUUUGCCACUUUGACAGUGACUGGAGGCACCAUUGCACCACUUGACGAUGGUCGCGGUGCAGGCAAUCUGAAUACGCGUAUACGCCUGCCCGCAUGGAUGCCCGAAUGGCUGGACUUGAAUUUUAUGGUGCCUUUAAUAGCCACAGUCAUUGUGGUAGCGGUUGGUAUACUUGUUGUAUGUGUAGCGCUUUCCAGACGCCGUGCUGAUGACUUGCGUGGAGGACAAAAGGAUGUGUACUACGAUGUAGUUUACAAUCAGACCAUGGGACCUGGCGCCACAUUGGACAAACGACGACCCGAUUUACGUGACGAGCUCGGCUAUAUUGCACCACCCAAUCGCAAGCUGCCACCAGUGCCCGGCUCCAAUUACAACACCUGCGACCGGAUUAAGCGAGCACGUGGCAUACGCUCAAAUCACUCGACCUGGGAUCCACGCCGUACUAACUUGUAUGAGGAAUUGAAGGCCCCACCAGUGCCAUUGCACGGUAAUCAUUAUGGUCCCGAAGAUGUACAGUGUCAUUAUAGACAUCCAGGCAUGGAAGAUGAGAUCUGCCCCUAUGCGACCUUCCACUUGCUCGGCUUCCGUGAAGAAAUGGAUCCCACCAAGGCUAUGAAUUUCCAAACCUUCCCACACCAAAAUGGACACGCACCUGGACCCGGACACGCAGGCACCAUGGGACCACCCGGACACCCUGGACAUGUACACUCACGUUCCGGUUCACAGUCAAUGCCACGCGCCAAUCGUUACGCACGCAAGAAUAGCCAAGGCGGACAAUCGUCCAUUUAUACACCAGCACCGGAGUAUGAUGACCCAGCCAAUUGCGCUGAGGAGGAUCAAUAUCGUCGUUACACACGUGUCAACUCGCAAGGCGGCAGUCUGUACUCUGGUCCCGGACCCGAAUAUGAUGAUCCCGCUAAUUGCGCACCCGAAGAGGAUCAAUAUGGAUCACAAUAUGGCGGUCCAUAUGGCACACCAUAUGAUCAUUAUGGCUCACGUGGCUCCAUGGGACGUCGUAGUGUUGGUUCUGCACGUAAUCCAGGUAAUGGCUCGCCAGAACCACCACCACCACCACCACGCAACCACGACAUGAGCAACUCGUCCUUUAACGACUCCAAGGAGAGCAAUGAAAUCUCAGAAGCUGAAUGUGAUCGCGAUCAUGGACCACGCGGCAAUUAUGGUGCAGAAGACUCCAAUGAGGCUGUCAAAAGAUCCCCACUGCAAAAGGAUCAGCGUACAACUGAAGAAAUGCGCAAACUGAUUGAAAGUCGACGGCCAUUAAACGAAGCCGGUCCAAAACAACUCCAACAACAAAGUGGCGCAGGAUUCACAGCCUACGAUACUAUGGCAGUGUAAUUUGUAAACCGAUAGCUGUAGCAACAACAACCAUCACCACAAUUUACUAGCACAACAACAACAACACAAUUAGAUGAAGAGUAAAGAAUGAAUGUAAAACCUCCCAAGCUCCACUAGUCAGAGUAGCUGCAGCAGAUGCAACGUAAAUACCAAAUAAUUUCUUUCAGUGGAUUAGUUGGUGCAUAGAGCAGAGUUAUGUAGCGUGUGAGCGUUCUACGUAUAGUUAGUGAGAUAGAGAGAGAGAGAGCGUGAGUAAUAGCUAGCAAGAGUUAGCGAGCACAAGUAAACGGUAACUUAGACGUAAACUCAAAGCUCUCACAAUAGUUAGGGCAGCGUAAGGAAGAUAGGGAGCGCAUUGUAUACAUAAGUAAGAUAACAGGAGAGGAAGUGUGUGUGAGCGGGAAACGCACGGAACACGGGCGUCAUUUGUGCGAAAGAGACAAACAUAUAAAAUAAUAUCACAAGAGACAUCACAGUAAAUGUAAAUGGAGAACUAAAUAAUCGUAUAUGCAAAAAUAAAACAAAACACACACUCUCUCUCUUUUUUUUCUAAAAAAUUAAACACGUAACGAAUAAGUUAAUGAUGACGAAAAAGUUAUGCUUAAAAUUUUAAAGAAAAGAAAAACAAAAGUUGCAGAGGAGUUGUAUGACGAAAUUUGAAAGAGAAAAAUAUUGCAUAACUACAUAAACAUACAUACAUAUAUGAAACGUAUUUAUAUUAUACAAAAUAUGCUUAAAAUUAUAUUAUUAAUAUUACUACAACAAGAAAAAAACGAAUGAGUAUAUAUAUACAUAUAUUAUUAUUAUUAUUAAAUGUUCUAUGUGAAAAGAAACUGAUAAAAAAAUGAAAAUUAAAUUAAGCAAAGAACGCUGCAAGCAAGUAAAAGAGCAAAGCGGCGUUUGAAAGAGAGUAAGAGCAUGCGAAACAACUACUUCAUAAAGACGAAAACACCAGUAAAAUAUUUUACAAACAACAACAGCAACAAAUACAAUGUAUAUUAUUUUUGUUUAUUUGCUGUGCGCAAAAAGAACAAAAAUAAAAAUAAAACAAAACCAAAUUUUACUUAAAAAAAGCAAACAAAACAAAGUACUCGUACAUAUUAAAUGAUCAAGCAUUUAUUGUAAUAAACUAGUUGAAAAUGCAGUUAAGAGAAUGGAGAGAACAGUUGCAGCAAUUGCGUUUUUAUAAGCCAUCAAUUUUUAUGUGUAAUUAAAUAAGUAAAAAUACAAACAAAGACAGCAAGAAUAGCAAUUUAAACAAUACACUACAGACAAAGAAAAUUUCACAGACACACAAGAUAGACUAGCGGCAAGUGUAUAAUUUUCGUUUGCGCAAGCUAAUGCAGAACUAUGUUAAGUUUGCGUAAUUUUUUUAGAUAACCUAUUUAACGCUAUGCAUUGAAAAUUUGCGCAAACCUUUUUUUAUUAUAUGUGUUGUGUACAUAUGCAAAGGUUUAAAUUCCGUUAAAUAUAAAAUGAUAUAGUUUUAGCCAAGUUUGCGCAAACUAGGUUCCGCAAGUGCUAGCACAAAUUUGAUUUUUGUGCUUUUUAAAUUUUCAGUUACAUGUGUCUGUAAGUUUGUUUAUUUUGGCGUUAUAAAUAUAAAGUUUAUGCAAACGGUUUGCGCAAAUCUUUUUAUUAAAGCUUUCCAAAAUGAUUCAUAACUUUUUAUUGCAACCACCAAGCAAAAUAAAGCGAGUUCGUUUUUAUAUCAAAUAUUUGCGGAAGUAAAUAAUUAGUUUUGCUAAGCUUGUGCUAAUUAGCUCGCCAAAUGCUUGCGCCAACUUAAUGUUUAUGCCUUUUAAAUUUUAUUGUUUGUUUCGGUGUUUUAAAUUAAAGUUUGCGCAAACCGUUUGCGCAAAUCUUUUCCAAAAUAAUUCAUAACAUCUUGCUAUUGCAGCUGGCAAGUAAAAUAAAGUGAUUUCGAUUUUAUAACAAACUUUUGCGCGUAUUCUUUCACAAAUAAUGAAAUUAAUAAUUUUCUUUCAACAACAUUCAUUUCAUUUAAAGUUUGCGCAAAAUGUUCAUUUUUUUUUUUAAACAACAUUCACUUUGGUGACUUAACUAUAAGGUUUGCGCAAGAUGUUUGCGCAAACAUUUUCUCAAAAAAAUUUAUAUACUCAUUUUUAUACAAUUUUAUUCUGCUAUUUAGGUUUUGCAUUAUUUGUUUGCGCAACCAGUUGCUGCUGCUUACUGCUACAGCAAAAAUAAAAAAUUUCAACUAUUUUAAUAAUAUUUACUUUUAAUCAAAUUUUUAAAAAGCGUGCAUAGGAACGCAUAAUAUUAUUUAUAUUUGCUAAGUUUAAAUCUAUUUGCCAUUUUGCAAAGCAAUUUAUGUAAAUUUUAACUCAAAUUAUUAUGAGCUUGCAUUUUUUUAAUUAUCAUAUACAUAAAUGUUUUUUUUUCGUCAACAUGUAUUGCAUAUAUAAAACAAUAGCAAAGCGCUGUUUGUGUCCUAUUAAAAUUAAGUUAUAAUUUAAAAAUGUCUAAAUUUAGUUGAAUCGUAUUUUUAUAUUUAAAGAGCAUUGAGUUUUCAAGAAAAUUAAAAAUUUAAGAUUUUUGAGUAAACAAAAAUUAUGCUGACAUACUGUCGCGGAGUGUAAAGUUUUGACAUUUCGAUUUAUAAUAAAAAAAAAUUUUUUU